CAAUUAUGUUUUGCAUAGCUAAUUGUAACCUUGGAAUGAAUUUGCCAGGCACUCUGGACGAAAAAGGGUACUUCUAGCUUCACUUAGAAAUGGAAGAAGAGACAACAACCAGUCCAGUUGUUCCUGUCACGAAAGCCAUUGAUGCAAGCGAGAUCAAUGCUGAUCUUGUUAAGGCUUUAAAUGGAGACGUGCCUCCUGUUGCCAAGGAAGGGAAAAAAGAGGAGGAGGAAACUGCCUUGGACGGUGAAUUUAUCAAAGUAGAGAAAGAGUCGUUCGAAGGGAAGGACGGUCACCACAUGGUGGAAUCAGCUUCGUCACGGCAUGAUACAUCUUCUCUCGAGAGAAGUUCAAGUAAUUCUGUCCGUGAAUUGCUAGAAACCCAAGAGAAGAUGAAAGAGCUAGAGAUUGAAUUGGAGAGAGUGGUUGGGGCAUUAAAGCAUACCGAAUCUGAGAAUAUUCAGUUGAAGGAUAAGGUCUCACAAACAAAGGAGCAGUUGGAGAUAAGUGGAAAGAAGUAUGGAGAGCUUGAACAUAAUCACAAGAAAUUGCAACAGCAGAUUAUUGAAGCUGAAGAGAAAUAUGGUCUUGAACUUGGCACUUUGCAGCAGGCAUUAGAAGCCCAGGAAGCAAAAUACAAGGAGCUGAUCAAGGUGAAAGAGGACUUCGAUGGUCUUCAACUUGAGCAUGAGCACUCAAGGAAGAGGUUGCUAGAGUUGGAGCAUGAGCUCCAGUGCUCAGCAGGCGAAGCACGCAAGUUUGAGGAGCUGCACAAAGAAAGUGGUUCACAUGCUGAGUCUCAGACGAAGAGGGCCUUGGAGUUCGAACGACUUCUAGAGGUAGCAAAGCUGAGUGCAAAAGAAAUGGAGGAUCGGAUGACUUCCCUGCAGGAAGAAAUGAAGGGCCUCUAUGACAAGAUUGCUGAAAAUCAAAAAAUGGAAGAAGCGCUUGAGAAAACGACAGCAGAACUUUCUGCUGUCCAGCAGGAGCUGACGCUUUCAAAAUCACAAAUGCUGGAACUUGAGCAGAGACUUUCUUCGAAGGAAGCUACUAUAACUGAAUUGACGCAGGAGUUGGACCUUAUAAAGGCUUCUGAAUCUCAGCUGAAGGGAGAUCUUACAACCCUUCAGGAUACUUUGGAAUCUACGAAGGAUGGUCUUCAAGCGAAGGUUAAAGAACUGGAGCAGAUGACAUUAAAGCUGGAGGAGGAAAUGAAUAUGAGGGGAACAUUUGAAGGUCAGUUAAAAGCCCAGGAGGUACAGAUUUUAGAUGUGCAAGAAAAGUUGGCGAAAGUAGUCACCGAGAAAGAAGCUAUUGCGGUAACUAUGGGCGAUCUCAAUGCUAAUAUGGCACUCAUGAAGGAUCUCUGUGCAGAACUCGAAAGCAAAUUGAAGCUAUCAGAAGACAACUUCUCCAAAGCAGAUUCUCUUCUGUCUCAGGCAUUGUCAAAUAAUGGAGAACUUGAGCAGAAGUUGAAAUCCUUGGAAGAGCUCCAUAGUGCUUCUGUAGAUGCAGCAGCAGCAGCUACACAGAGGAAUGUGGAGCUUGAGAGUAUUGUUCAAGCUUCGACUGCAGCAGCGGAAGAAGCAAAGGCCCAAGUGAAAGAGCUAGAGCCGCGUUUUCUAGCAGCAGAACAGAAGAACAAGGAGCUGGAGGGACAGUUGAAUUUGGCAGUACAGAAAAGCAAUGAUGCAGAGAGAGAACUGGAAGACUUUGCUGCUAAGGUGUCAGAACUCACUGCCACACUGAGAGAAUUGGAGGGGGGAAGGGAACAACAAAGUACUUUAAUACAGGAAUACCAGGAUAAAAUUAACCAGUUAGAAGCUUCCCUGAGCCAUUCAUCUACGAGACAUUCCGUACUUGAAGAGGAGUUGAAGAGCAUUUCGGGAAAAUGUGCUGAACACGAGGACCGUGCCAAAAUGACCCAUCAGCGUAGCCUUGAGUUGGAAGAUCUGAUUCAGAUCUCUCACUCCAAAGCAGAGGAUUCAGGCAAAAAGGUAAGUGAAUUGGAAUUGUUACUUGAAACAGAGAAAUACAGAAUUCAGGAGCUUGAAGAACAGAUGAGUUCUUUGGAAAAGAAAUGUGCUGAUGCAGAGGCAGAUUCCAAGAAAGUCUCUGACAAGGCAUCCGAACUAGCAUCAGAAGUUGAGGCAUUCCAAGCAAGGUCUUCAAGCUUGGAAAUUGCACUGCAAACAGCUCAGGAGAAAGAAAAAGAGCUGAUAGAGUGUUUGAAUGUGGCUACAGAGGAGAAGAAAAGGUUAGAAGAUGCAUCAAGCAGUUCCGCUACAAAGCUUGCUGAAUCAGAAAAUCUUUUAGAGCUUUUGAGGGAUGAAUUGAGUCUGACACAGGAGAAGCUAGAGAGCAUAGAGAGCGAUCUCAAGGCUUCUGGAUUUAGAGAGAGUGAAGUCCUGGAAAAGCUUAGGCUUGCAGAGGAGCAAAUGGAGCAACAAGUGAAAUUGUUGGAACAAACUACAUCGAAACAUUCGGAGCUCGAAUCCUUGCAUCAAUCUGUAACUCGGGAUUUCGACCUGAAACUCCAAGAAGCAAUGACAAGCUUCUCCAGUAGAGAUUCUGAGGCAAAAUCUUUAUUUGAGAAACUGACAAUUCUUGAAGACCAAGCAAAAGGUUAUGAAAGUCAAGCUGCUGACGCAUCGGGAAAAUCAGCCUCUUUGAAGGAAGAAUUGGAUCAGAGCGUGAUGAAAGCGGCUCUUUUGGAGGUUACAGUUGAGGAACUCAGAAAGCAGAUCGUGGAAGCUGAAAAUAAGGCUUCACAAUCCCUUUCAGACAAUGAGCUGUUGGUUGAGACUAACGUCCAACUCAAGAACAGGGUGAAUGAACUCCAGGAAUUACUGAAUACAGCAAUUUUUGAGAGGGAAGCCACUGCUCAGCAGCUUGUUUCGCAUGUCAGUGACAUUAACAACCUGAAAGAUCAGCACUCUAGAGCUAUAGAACUUCAUACAGCUAGCGAAACUCGCAUGGUGGGGGCAGAGAAGCAGUUGCAAGAAGCUGAACUCAGGUUCAGUCAGAAAGAUGCAGAAGCUAAAGAGUUAAAUGAGAAGCUCAUUGUGCUAGAAGGCCAAAUAAAAGCGUUUGAAGAACAAGCUUGUGAAGUAUCUACAGCUAUUGAAAAGCAAAAGGUUGAGCUGGAAGAGACUCUAUCGAAGUUGAAGCAUUCGGAAGAUGUUGUUGAGGAACUACAGGCCAAGUCAAGUCAGGCACAGAAGGAGAAUGAAGGGUUAGCUGAGGCCAACCUAAAGCUUGCUGAGGAAUUGGCUGCUUAUGAAGGUAAACUCAAUGAUUUACAGGUGAAAUUUUCAGCAGCAGUAGCUGAGAAGGAUGAAGUUUCCGAACAGCUUCAAUCAUCAAAAAAAGCACUGGAAGAGUUGGAACUGCAGCUUACUACAGAGGGGCAAUCACUGAAAUCUCAGAUAAAUUCGCUAAUGGAAGAGAAGAACUUGCUUGGUGAAACAUAUGGCCAUUCCAAGAAAGAACUUGAAUCUUUGAUGUUCCAGCUGGAAGAACGAGUAAAGGAGAAGCAGACAAGUGAAGAUACUUUAAAAUGUGAAAUCGUUAAUCUUAAGGCUGAGAUCCUGGAGAAUUCUGCGCUGCAAACUCGUCUCAAGGAACUUGAAGAGAAGAUCGCUGAGAAGUCCAUUACUGAAGAGAGGGAACGAGCGGAUGCAGAAAUACUCGUGGAACGAGAAGCAUCUUUAAAGGAGUCCCUUGAAAAACUUCAAGAGAAAAGCAAAGCGGUUGUAACUCUGGAGCAGCAAGUCGCCGAGCUCGAUCACAAAUUACGACAAGCGGAAGCUAAACUACUAGAAAAGGAGACCGCUGGUAGUGAAGUCGAGGUAAAGUCCAGGGAUAUUGGAUCCCCCGUCUCAACCCCAUCCAAAAGGAAGAACAAGAAAAAGACCGAACCAUCCUCUUCUCCGGCUGCCUCAACCUCUUCACAGACGCAGGCUCAGGCCCAUGACGCUUCCCCUGCCAUGACCUUCAAGUUCAUUCUCGGAGUCGCCCUCGUCUCCGUCGUCCUCGGGAUAAUCCUGGGGAAACGGUACUAGCUCGGACUCGUCCCCGCCAAACGGGAAAGGUUUGCUGUCUCGGUUUGAAGUUUUGAUAUUUGGGUUUUCCUCAUUGCGAAUUUAUUCCUCUAUUGUUUCGUUUUUAGCCUGUUUCGGUAAGCACGGGUUGCUGGAUGAGCCUGUUUCCGCAUGGUUUGUAGUCGUAGCGUUGAAGCUGGUUUUUUUUUUUUGUUUUUUGGUCGGAAGGUCGAAGCUGGUUAGGGAAUCUGUUUUUUCAUUUAUUUCCCUCGCCCUAAUGCACAGAGAAAGGGGUCUCUCCUGGAUUUGAUUGAUGCAUUGCUGUUGGUUGUAUGUAGCCCUUCCUGAUUAUUCUCCUGAAUGUGAUUAAGUUCUUUUUGAGUA